AGACUUGGCCAAUUUCGCUUAUCUGCCAUUUUGUAUCUCUGUAGUCCAGUCAGACGAAGUUGGUCGUCAACGGAGAAGGGAUAAAUGUUCAAACUUUAACUCUGUUUUUUAUUUGUUAUUUUUAUUUGCUGCUUGCAUUAGGUUGUAUUAAAGUUUAUUUUGAUGAUUAGGUGAUGAAUUUGCGAUCGACUCAGUGUUUCCGUCGUAGCUACACAAUUUGACACCUCAUCGGACUUGUUUACCUUUUGAGAUAGAGGAACUAACACCAACGGCGUUAGCCCAGUUUCUUGCUCUCCAGCUAGCUUAGCUAGCUAACAACUGCCCUGGCGUUAGCGUUCUAACGCUAAUCUAUACCUGUGGUGAAAUGGCGGCCAACACGGCACAAGCAGCCCCUACAACAAACUGGUCGUAUGGUUCUGGAGAUGCUCAGGUCCAUGAAAAUCCAGAGUGGGAGAAAGCAAGACAAGCCCUUGCAUCCAUCAACAAGAGUCAGAACUCUGCUAAGUCAACACAAGACAACCAGGCCACUGCAGAGGCAGGCCAAUUUCAGCCAGCAGUAACUGAAGCUGCUGCCAUGCAGCAACAGUACUAUCCGUGGUACCAGCAAACUCAGCAGCAUUACCCUGGAUACUCAUACCCCUACAAUUACUACUACCCCAUGGGACCAUAUGGAGCUCCGUACCCACCAAAUCAGUAUGGUGUACCUCCUGGACCAUACCCAGGAACUCCAACUUCUAAUGGACAGCCUCCUCCAGUCCCUGGAAUGGAAGAUCAGUCUCCCAGCUACUCCUCCCAAUCACAACCUCCUCCCCCUGCUGCUCCCCAGCCACCUCAAAGCCCAACAACUUCAGAAAACCCACCUCCUCCCCCUCCCCCACCUAUUCCUCCUCCACCCAAUUCCCAGUUCCCCCCUCCCCCUUCACCAAAUGCUUACAGUACGAACACCAUGUCGUACCCACCUGGUGACCCCAAUCAGAUGCAAGUCUACAGUCAUUCCCAGGGAAGGCCAAACUAUGGCCAAAGUUUCCAGGCCCAGAACACCUAUCAACCCCCUCAGAAUAACUCACAGCAACAACAGAUGCAGAAUCAGUAUGCACCCGGGCUAGGCAGGGGAGAGGCCAACAAAAACCAAAAACAUGGACAGCAACUCUGGCACCGUAUGAAACAAGCACCAGGGACAGCUGCUGUGAAGUUCAAUAUUCCUAAGAGGCCCUAUCAGGUUCAGUGUUCCUCAGUUUCCAGUCAAGCUUUCCAACAAAGUGAGCAGUCCUCAGGGUUGAAUCCAACACCUUCAUCUCCAGCUACUGCGAGUGCUGCCCCUGGAGGUGUUCAGACACGACCCCAGGAUUGGCCCCAAGCAAUGAAGGAAUAUGUGCAGCGCUGCUUUACAGCAUGUGAAACAGAGGAAGACAAGGAUCGAACAGAGAAGGUGCUUAAAGAAGUCCUGCAGGAGCGGUUAAAGGAUGGCUCUGCCUACACCAUUGAUUGGACUCGUGAGCCAUUACCAGAAUUGAAAGUCAAGCAGUCUCGUUGGGAAGCCAUUCCACACCAUAGAACAUCAGACAGUUCAGUUAACCGUGGUGGAAGUACUUUGGCUUCUGUUUCAAGAGGCAGAGGAGCUGGACACAGAUUAGGCCACUACCGAAAUAUUUUUUCUCAAAGAAGCCCAUCUUCUAGUUCAUCCCGAUCCUCCUCUCGCUCACCAUCCCCUUCACACAAUCGUCACAGAGACCGCAGCAACCAAAGGCACAGACGGAGUGAUUCUGGCUCACAGUCAGACAGCAGCAUCUCCAGUGACCUACGGCCUCAACUGUCAAGACGUAGUCAGAAAGGAGGACGUGGUCGUGGAAAUGACAGGGAUAGAGGACGUGGAGGUGGAGAGAGAGGACGAGGAAGAGGAGGAAAAGCUAACCGAGGAAGGCGAAACAUGGAUGAUUCAAAUUCAGCCGGUGGGAAGAAGAGGAAAGGUGGGAAUGCCGGUUUGGAUUUCCACGACCCGGACAGAGAAGCUAAGAAGCAGAGCAGAGCAGCUCGUUUCCACAAACAGCUGCGUUCAGAGCCGCUGGUUCUAGCAAUCACUGCCUUGGACCUACCUGAUGGAACACAGGAGGGCCUUAGCUGGGAGGACUGCCCCAUUGUAGGUACAUGCCAGGACAUCACCAAGCCCUACUUAAGGCUCACUUGUGCCCCUGACUCCUCCACUGUGCGCCCUGUGCAGGUGCUUAGAAAGUCUCUGCAGGCUGUCAAAACCCACUGGAAAACCAACCAGGACUACGCCUAUGCCUGUGAACAGAUGAAAUCUAUACGGCAAGACCUAACGGUCCAAGGAGUUCGUACUGACUUCACUGUGGAAGUGUACGAAUGUCAUGCACGCAUUGCCCUGGAAAAGGGAGACCACGAGGAGUUCAACCAGUGUCAGACUCAGCUGAAAGCCCUGUACAAGGAAAAUCCCUCAGAGAACGUUGGAGAGUUUACAGCUUAUAGAUUGUUGUAUUACAUUUUUACUAAAAACUCUGGAGAUCUGACCACUGAGUUGGUAUACUUGACCCCAGCACUCCGGGCAGAUAAGUGUGUGGCUCAUGCUCUUGCACUCCGUGCUGCCUGGGCGUUGGGCAACUAUCGCCGUUUCUUUAAGCUCUACCUGGAAGCCCCACGUAUGGCUUCAUAUCUCAUUGACAAGUUUGUAGAGAGAGAGAGAAAGGUUGCACUUCGGGCUAUAGUUAAAACAUUCAGACCUGACCUGCCUGUUCAGUAUGUGCAGACUACUCUGGGCUUCCAAUGUUUAGACUCCUGUAUGGCCUUUUUAACUGGCCUAGGUGCCAGCUUCACCCCUUCUGAUCCCACAAAGAUAGACUGCAAAGCCAGCACAGCUACUUUGGCUGCUUCCUGAGUGGGAGGGUUGGGGUUAGUUCAGAGAAGGGGCAAUCUAAGGGACCAUCAUGGAUCCUGAUGUAUUGAAUGCACUCCACUUCAGAUAUCCCAGCCAGCUCAGAUGAAGUAGAAGCAGUCAACACCAAUAAGACCCACAUAGAAAGAUAGAAGUGUAAGCUGCUGUCAGACCUCAAAUGCAGAUUUAAUUUUCUAACAUAAGAGAUUAGAACUGUUCUUAAAAAUGAGGGAGAACAUGUCUGCACACACUGUCACACAGAUUUGCAAGUUAGCCCUAAGUCUCAUCAUUCUACGAGGCUAGAAAAGAAGAAACUGUUCAGUUUUGGGAUACUGUAAACAAAACACUUAGAUACCAUGAAGUCAGUGAACCAGAGCAGGAAGGCCCUUCACCCUCAUGGUUCCUUUUCCCUUAUCCCAAUCAGAUUUCACCGCUAACAGUGUUCUGUUAUGUUUUCUUCCCUCCUCAAGUCAACAGCUCAAAGACCUGAAGAUUCAAGUCUUGUCAGUCAAGUCAUUCUCCCAACGCUUUGCUGUUUGGAAUCAAGCCUGCAGAAUCAAGUCAGUUCAUUCGCGUAAAGACUCUUAGAAGAUGCCAGCAGUUCCUCUGAUAGAAGAGGUGGUGGUUUGUAUAUCCUACCCUGCAUCCUGUGUUUUUACGGUGUCUACAGUUGGCUCCUCAUCCUGUCUUUGUUCUCCAUGUGGCCUAUGAAAGAAAUGGACUCAGGCCUAAAGUCUUGUUCCUGAUGUGGCAGUAUUAAUCCACUGGUCACAGUUACAAAAUGUUUAAUCAGCACUGGGAAGAAGCUUCAAUCUGAUGCUCAUUGACUUUGUUUAUGAUAAAGGAAAAGUGGUCAUCAGAUGAAAUCCACAUUCCUUCACCUCUAAAGUUGAGCUUCAUCUUCUGAGACACAGUUGCCCACACAGAGAGUUUCUGCUUCAGAAGUUCCCGAUACCACCUGGAAUCCAGCAAAGCCCUGUUCAACAGUAGUCCCCGUUUUUCAUCAACAACCUUGAUAGCCGUUCAGAAGAAUCGGGCUGUGAAGCUUCGGUUUUCAGCUUUCAAGUCCUGCAUGGCAGCACUUCAGAGGGAAACCUUACAGCUUCAUCAGGGAGGAGUAACAAGUGGUUUGUAUGCUACACCUGGCUCUGAUGUCUGCGAGGCUGGUAAGAAAGAGGGACUUCUGGAAGGAGGUGGAUGACGGCCCAACAGAUGUUGCCUCAUUUCUUCUGUGUUAAAUGUUGUGUGUCUUUUUUUUUUCUCUGUUUUUCUUUUGGAUAUCAGUGUUGGCCUUUUCUCCUUAAAAAUUGGAAAAAGAAUUAUGGAAAUGCUAUCAAGGUUUAAGUAAAGUUUACAAGUUGAUUUUUGAGCAAAUAGUCGUAACAAAUCAGGAAAUAUCCUAAAAUGCCUAAACUUAAGUUGUAAAAAAGAAACUUUAAUUUUAACUCCACCGAUGCACGCUGCUGUCUGAAAGUCAAAAGUAUUUGAGUUCUUGACUUAUUUAGGCAGUAAUGAAAUGUAAAGGUCUUUGUAAAUUGAGUGCAGUUUAAUGGUUUUAUGUCCUUUUCCUAAUAGUUGUGAAAAGUGUCAAAUAAAAGCUACAAUGGGGCCUAAUUUAGAGAACAAGAUGGUUUUCCUGAUCGGUCAUAAGAACUGUCUGGACUAAGUUCUCCCAUCUGUGAAUAUUCCAUUUUUUUGGGGGCUUUUUUUUUUUUCUUUUCAGGGGCCAGAGGAAAGCUGGUUAAUUCUAGUUCUACACACGAUGAUUGGAAAAAGCUUUGUUACAUUAACUGAAGGAAGAACCGGACAGGGCAACAAUAAGAAAAACAUAGUCCAAGCCAACAGUUUUAUGUGCUUCUUGUCACCAUACCCUGAAAAUUAGAUCUUUAUUUUACAUAUUUGUGCUGACAGUGAAACUGAAGGUUGGCUUUGUUCCUCACAAUUAAACCCUUUUCUUCUUUCAUAUUACAUAGUAUUAAUUAUCGCUGCAGACACACUAUUCCAGGAUGGUAUAUUUGUUUGGAGUAGGAUUUGGUGCAGGCUUGCAUGUUUCCUUUGGAACCGAAUAUAUUAUUGUAAAUAUUGUGAUUUUCCUUGAAUUAGUGCAUAGUAUAUAUAUUUUUUUUUCUUUUUUUUUUUGGUUGUUUUUUGUUUUAAUUCACACAUGGGUAAGUGUGAGGUUUUCAACAAAUUGUUUAUGUGACUAUAAAGCUGAAAUGCAGUCUGAAUGUAAUGUGGCUGUAGUGGAGGAGAAAUCUUAGCACAGCCUGGAAACAUUUAAGUGGCUGGCGGAUCAAAUGGUAGUUAAACCAGAACAGACUUCAUAAUAUGAACAAAAUGGUUGUUGAAAAUGUCCCUGUAGGCAGUGUGUUAUCUUUCUGGCACUUGGGACUACAGUUGCCAUUUGAUAUUAACACAACAAAUUAAUAAGUUAGCAGAUCACAUGUGUAUUCCCAGAUGAAAUGUCCAUCACUGUUAUUUCAGCAGAUGUUUUGUAUUAAUAAUCUCAUGUCCUUUCUUUCCACCUUCAUUUACUCUGUCCUCUGCUGCUCCCUCCCCUCACUCCCUGAACCCUCCUCCCACACACCACCACGCCUCUUGUUCUUCAGCUUGUAGCACUGCUGCAUUGCAGGAGCACACGGAGUGAAAAGUGGGUGAACCUCCUCCAGACGCCUGCCGGGGAGAGUGAAUUGUGAGCAAGUCUUGGUUUGACUCACGUUGAAGCCAUGCAGCUGGUUAAAUACAUGGGAGCCUUACAUAAUGAAAUCUGGAAAGUGUUUAUCUGCUGCUAAUGUGAUUUGCUGCUAACUCAAAUAUUUAAGAUGCAUUUAUGUGCAACAUGACACCUGUUUAGUUUCAGAAACUGCUUGAUGAUUGACCCUGUGCUGUCCUCUGUUUGUCCAGGUGCAUUUGCACUUAAUAAGCUUACAGUUUGUUGGAAUGAGCAAUAUUAUUUAGUUUUUUGUUUUUUUGUUUUUUUUCCUUGCUAAUUACAAAUAAUCUGUUUUAUGUUUGUUAGAUUGACAGAUUUCUUCAUCUACAGCGUUGUUCAGAGCUUUAUUUUGAGACGGAUCCCUCAACAUUAAAAAGUGCAUCUGGACAUACAGAACAAACUUUUCCCAGAUCGUUUUGGGGUUUUUAAAAAUGUAUAAAAUCUAUAGAUUCAUAUUGUGAUUUAUAUGCUCAUUCUAAGAAAUGACUUAUGUAUGUGAUCAGCUUGACCUCUGUAAGGUUUUUACACAGGAUUAAAUUGUGUACUUCUGAUGCCUCAGGAUUUAUAUGCCACAGGAUUUUUUUUUUCUUCCUCUUUUGAUUGUUUCUUAUCCCCAAGAAAAUUCACUUUUAGAUGACUAACAAUGCACAUUUUCAUUAGUUGUUUUUCUCUGGUGCCAGAUUCAUUUUUCUUGUAUUUUGUUUUUAUUUGCUCCCAUGUUGCUGUAUACCUCCAUUAGUCUUUGUAACUCCUUCCUUGAUGCGUGACACUGGAAGAUCUGCCAUCUCGCUCCCUUCACUCGUUCUUUCCCUACCAUUUCUGUUAAACUCGUCUUUGUUUGGAUUUCUCUUCUCUGUUCUCACUUUCUCUUACUCCCAUCUUCUCCCCUGCAUGAUGCUCUUUCUCCCACAAACCUCUAACCAGUAUUUCUCUUCCCAUUCUUUUUUUUUUUUCUUUUAUGUCAAAUGUUUGUGACCAUUUGCUACGUGCAACUAGUCACUCUCACUAGUAAGUAUUGUUACAUCUGCAGUGCUUUCAUAAUUUAUGUUGCAGCUCACUAACAUCAAAGCUGAAGGUGUAUCUGCAAUUCCCUCUCCCACCACCCCACUUCCACUCCUAUACAGAUCUGACAUGAAAAACUGCCAUUUUGUAAAUAUUGUGUAAAUACUUUUUGAAUUAAUAAAAUUCAAAAAUAAAAAAGCAUCCUCAGUUGUUACUUCAGUGGAGGGAAAAACAA